UCCUCUCUUCUCUCUUGUCUCCUCUCUCCUCUCCUCCUCUCUCUCUCUCGCUGCUGUACAACUGCUGAGUGUCACAUAAUUCAACCAGCCAUCUGCGAUGCAAUCCAAUCCGUACUCCUAAAAUAACUUCUUCCUGUAACCACACCUAACCGGAAAACGAAACUCAACUUUAGUUUCAUUAAAAACAUCUUGGGGGGCGAAGCAAAAACUCUCUUGAUAUUCGACAGCUCACAGAGUUUACCGGCGACACCCCCUGUGGUGGGAGGAGGAAAAAACACAACAAAAAACCAACGGACUUUGACUCAGCAGACAGAGAAAGAGUCCGGAUAGGCGAGAGAAGAAGGAAGCGCGAUUAAUUACUAAUGGCGCCCCGCACACGCCCCCCUGAGCUGAGGAUGGUGCUGCUUGGGAAGACCGGGGUUGGAAAAAGCGCCUCUGGAAACACCAUCCUGGGCAGUAAGGUGUUUGACUCCCAGCCCGCUGCCUGCUCCGUGUCCCGGCAGUGCGAGAAGGGCUCUGUGACGGUACGCGGCCGACGCCUGUGCGUGAUCGACACACCCGGCUUCUUCGACACGCAGCUCCCUAAAGACGAAUUCAACCUGGAGAUUGCAAAGUGCAUCUCCCUGGGCGCCCCGGGACCCCACGCCUUCCUGCUGGUGAUGCCGGUGGGCCGCUACACGGAGCACGAGAGGGAAACGGUGCGGGAAAUCCAGGAGAUGUUCAGCGAGGAAGCGUGGAAGUACACCAUCGUUCUCUUCACCCGCGGAGACGAGCUGGGAGGGGAGUCGAUCGAGGAGUUCGUGAGACAGAACCCGCACCUCCAGGAGCUGGUGGAUAAGUGCGGGGGGCGCUGCCAAGCCUUCAGCAACGAGAACACUGGCAAUCGCGCCCAGGUCCGAGAGCUGCUGGGGAAGAUCGACAGCAUGCUGGAGGCGAGAGGAGGAGGAGGUUGCUGCUACACCAACGAGAUGUACCGGGAGGCUGAGGCGGCGAUCGCACGGGAGACGGAGAGGAGAGUCAGGGAGAGGCAGGAGGAGAUACGCAGGGAGGAGGAGAGGAUCCAGCGGAGCGAAGCGGAGAUGAGGCGGAGGGAGAGCGCGGUUCACCAGCAGCAGGAAAGGCUGGAGAGGGAGAGAGAGAGGGAGAGGAGGGAGAUGGAGGAGGAGAGGAAGAGACUGGAGCGAGCCAGAGAGGAGCUGGAGCAGGCUGAAGCAGCGAUGAGAGGCGAGCAGGAGAGGAAAGCGAAGGAGAGACAGGAGGAGGAGAGACACAGGCUGGAGGCAGCGAUCCGAGAGAGAGAAGAGGAGAUGAGCCGGAGAGAGAGAGAGAUGAAGGAGCGGGAGGAGUGGCAGGCGAGAGAGAGGGAGCAGGAAAAGAGGAGGGAGGAGGAGGAGAGGGCGAGGCUGAACAGGGAGUGGGAGGAGCUGGCCGAGGCGAAGAGGGAGUGCGGGAAAAGAGCCAGGGAAAAGGCUGAGAGAUGCAACGACUUUAUAAAGAAGAUGCUGUCCGUGCUGGCAGGGGCGCUAGUGGGAGUGGGGCUGGGGGUGAUGCUAGGGAUUGGUGCUGGGGUCAUGGCUGUUAAUAUGCUAGCAGGUACAGGGCUGUUAAAUUUGAAAAGUGCGGCGGUAGUGGUGGGGGCAGCAGGGGUGAUAGGAGUGGUAGGAGGAGGGGUAGCUGGGGGGCUGAUUGGAGCAGAGUCUGACAGCUCUAUGGAAGCAAUGACAGCGGUGAUAGAGAGAGCUCGGAAAGUGUUUGAGAUGCUGGCACAGAGUGGGGGGCUGCACGGGCCGUUCAAGAUGCCGGCUAUUCAACCCAAGAAACCCCAGUGAUCCUACUGGCCGUGCUGCAGAGACUCUCGUCUCGAAUGAGUCUGAAUUUACAUUGAAGACAUUGAGAAAGACUUCUAGUGGAAACGUUUGCCAUUGAAUUUACACUGAAGACGCUGAGAAAGACUUCUAGUGGAAACGUUUGCCGUUGAAUUUACAUUGAAGACACUGAGAAAGACUUCUAGUGGAAACGUUUGCCAUUGAAUUUACACUGAAGAUGAGACAUCCUUCAGAUGAGACAUUAAACAAACAAGGUCCUAUUGGAAGUGACUCUGCAGCAGCCACUGACUCCCUGUGUGUGCGUGCGUGUGUGUGUGUGUGUGUGUGUGUGUGACCCUGAGCGAGUCGCUUCACCUCCUUGUGCUCUGUCUUUCGGAUGAGACGUCAAACAAACGAGCUCCUAUUGGAAGUGACUCUGCAGCAGCAGCAGCAGCAGUUGUUGAUGAUGCAGAGUUCACCCCCCUAGUCUCUGGAAGUCGCUUUGGAGAAAAGCCUCCGCUGAAUGACAAUAAUAAUAAUAACAAUAAUAUAUAUAUAUAUAUAUAUGUAUGUAUAUAUGUGUAUAUAUAUAUAUAUAUAUAUGUGUGUGUGUGUGUGUGUGUAUAUAUAUAUAUGUAUAUAUAUAUAUAUAUGUGUGUGUGUGUGUGUCUCUUCAAUGUUAACUCAAUGGCAAACGGUACGACCAGAAGUCUUUCUCAGCGGGUGCAGGGUCUUCGGUUCAGCGUUUUCAGGGCCCACGAAGUCAGGUUUUUUUUCUUUUCUGGUGUUUCUGAAAGCUCUUGGAGGAUUUCCUGUGCCUUAUUACGCCUGGAGCUUUGAUUUUGUAAUUGACAGCCGGUGAUCGAUAUGACUGGCAGGUGCUAGACUUUUUUUUUUUACUGGGCUGGGUGUGGAGAUUCAAACAGAUUCAAACUUCUUACAGUCCAUAACAAUCUAACAGCAUCCAAAGUGCACAGCUUUAGGGAGUGGUAUUAAUAUCACCGGUGCUAACAGAAGUCAAGGUUCAAGGCUAUACUGGAGGCUGUGUGGUCCAGUGGUUAAAGAAAAGGGCUUGUAACCAGGAGAUCCCCGGUUCAAAUCCCACCUCAGCCACUGACUCACUGUGUGACCCUGAGCAAGUCACUUAACCUCCUUGUGCUCCGUCUUUCGGGUGAGACGUAGUUGUAAGUGACUCUGCAGCUGAUGCAUAGUUCACACACCCUAGUCUCUGUAAGUCGGAUAAAGGCAUCUGCUAAAUAAACAAAGAAUUAUUAUGUGCUCAGAGAAACGUCUGUCCCUCUCUCUCUCCAUUACUCCCCUCACCCUCUCUCACUGCAACCUGCCUGAGUUUUCAAGCACUCCGCAGACUGCAGCUAGCAGCUAUCUCUCAUCCGUCUGAUCCACAGCAACACAAGACAGGCAGCUAGUCUGAGUGACGCAGACCGAUCCACGACCAUAAAGUAUCUGCGCCUCGGCACUGUGUUCAAAAUGAUUGCACCUGACAGCACUGCUGCUCUGAUUCCAGUCACACAGCGCCAUCUGCUGAUACAAAAACAGUAUUGCUGUUAUUCAACAAUUUGCAAGUACAGCAAAGACGAAAACAGCAGCACGUGAAUUAGAUUUUCCCUGUGAACUGAAGAAUGAAAAUCUUGAUUGGAAGUUUCUGUAAGUACUUGAAAAUGAAAACACAUCUUACAAUAUACAAAACAAAACAUAAGGAGUAUCAAAGCAAUGUUCAGGAAAAUUGAAAAUUGUCUCUAAAUCUUAGAUUCCUCAAAAUAGCCACCCUUUGCCUUAAUAACAGCCUCACAAACACGAGGCAUUCAGUUAACAAGUUUCAGCAGGAAAUCACCCGACAUGUCUUCCCAGCUCUUCUGCAGCAAUUCCCAGAGAUGUAGGGCACUUGGGGGUAGCUUUGCUUUGACUCUUCUGUCCAGUUCGUCCCAUACAAGUUCUAUGGGAUUGAGGUCUGGAGACUGGGCAGGCCAGGUCAUUAGAUUGAGUUGUCCUUCACUUUCCUUCUUCGCCAGAUAGUUCUUGCACAACUUUGAGGUGUGUUUCGGGUCAUUAUCCUGCUGAAGAAUGAAGGACUGCCCAACUAGCCGUAAUCCUGAUGGAAUGGCAUGACUCUGGAGUAUGCUAUGAUAGCCAUGCUGAUGGACUUGGUAAAGAUCACAAACGUUUGACUGGUACUGUACAUACAUACAUACAUACAUACAUACAUACAUACACACAUACAUACAUACAUACAUACAUACAUACAUACAUACAUACAUACAUACAGUACAUCUACCAAGAAUGUCAUAUAUACCUGUGCGCUGAAGACCAGCCGUUUCAGAGACAGUCCCAGUCGUUUUAGAUACUGUGCCUUUUCUUCAUCGGUCUUACGAGAUCCUGCUCGCAAUGAUUCGCUGGCCAGGAUCGACUCGGCAAAAGCCAGCAAUUUAUUAUGAAAGUAAAAUCUAUUUUGUGAAAUGCCACUGUUCCACUUCUCCCAGUACCAGCAGCUGUGGGACGAGUCAUUUUCUCAGAGGCUCUUGGGCACGUAACCCCUGGUUUGCACCCCUUCAGGUUCCUUUCUGUCCCAGACUGGCUCCUCUGACUGGCUCUGCAGGAUCCCUGGCUUCAGGGGCGCCGCCACCAGGGGGGGCCAUUGCCCCUGC